AUGACCAAUGAGGUUCAGUUAACGAUAAGAAGACUGGAGAAUAGAUUGUUACAGCGGCGGCUGAUCAACUUUCAACUGACUAUUGUUAUUGUUGCUGGAGGAGAAUGCGGGGACACAGUCUAUGAUGAUGAUUGCUUGCUUGGUCGGCUGCACAAAAGUGUAAUACUCAAUGGAGUUGCUAGCAAUGCAAUCAGUCAACUCCAUACCAACCGAAACUACCCUCUAUCAGAAUCAGAUGUCCUGGCCCUUGACAGCCCCAACAUUGUCCAGACUGGUGAAGUCUGUGGCAGGUGA